AUGGAGGACACCACCACCCCUGUGGCCAACCUGACAGACCCUACAGGGGUCGGGAGGAACUCAUGCACUUUCCACGAGGAGUUCAAGCAGGUCCUGCUGCCCCUGGUCUACUCGGUGGUGUUCGUGGUGGGGUUGCCCUUGAACGCCGUGGUCAUUGGGCAGAUCUGGGUGGCUCGCAAGGCCCUGAGCCGCACCACGAUCUACAUGCUGAACCUGGCCAUGGCUGACCUGCUCUACGUCUGUUCCCUCCCACUUCUCAUCUACAACUACACCCAGAAGGAUUACUGGCCGUUUGGGGACUUCACCUGCAAAUUCGUCCGCUUCCAGUUCUACACCAACCUCCACGGGAGCAUCCUCUUCCUCACCUGCAUCAGCGUCCAGAGGUACCUGGGCAUCUGCCACCCCUUGGCCUCGUGGCACAAGAAGAAGGGGAAGAAGCUGACGUGGCUGGUGUGUGCUGCAGUCUGGUUCAUUGUCAUUGCCCAGUGCCUGCCCACCUUCACCUUCGCCUCCACCGGCACCCAGAGGAACCGCACGGUUUGCUACGACCUGAGCCCCCCGGACCGUUCCUCUGCCUACUUCCCUUAUGGCAUCACCCUCACGGUCACGGGUUUCCUGCUGCCCUUCGUGGCCAUCCUGGCCUGCUACUGCCGGAUGGCCCGGAUCCUGUGCCAGAAGGACAAGGUGAUCGGGCUGGUGGUGCACAAGAGGAAGGACAAAGCCGUGCGAAUGAUCGUCAUCGUGGUCAUCGUCUUCUCCAUCAGCUUCUUCCCCUUCCACCUCACCAAGACCAUCUACCUGAUCGUCCGUUCCUCGCCCAGCCUGCCCUGCCCAGCUCUCCAGGCCUUUGCCAUUGCCUACAAGUGCACCAGGCCCUUUGCCAGCAUGAACAGUGUCCUCGACCCCAUCCUCUUCUACUUCACCCAACGCAAGUUUCGCGAGAGCACCCGGUACCUCCUCGACAAGGUGAGCUCCAAGUGGAGGCAGGACCAGUGCGUCACCUACGGCUCCUAG